GAGACCAUCCCAGUUCCUCAACCCGUUCCUAAUCCAGUGAGAUCUCCUUCAACUAGGCCACCAACUGCAAAAAGGCCACCAAAGAAGAAGAAGAAUUUGCGAAGACCACCACCAACUACUCGGCAACCACAAUCUGCUCCAGCAACACCAACUACUACUAGUCCAUCACCCCCGGCCUCUGAUGUGCCACCCAUUGUGACACCUCAAACCAUGCAAGCUGCAUCCCAGGACACUACUUCCAGGUUCAUGGAAUUCAUGACAACUCCCACAGUGAGAGGAUCAAGCUCAAGUAGGUGGCCGCAGCCUGCCUUCCGUCCACCACCAAAAAAGGGUUCAACAACUGCACACUUGAAGGAAGGGUCAAGCGGAAGCAGCAACUCCACUCCAAAUCCAUGA